GGACUUUGGACCCUUCCUCCUCCUCCUCGGGACCAGGACGCUAGCAUUUCUGGCACAGAGUGAAAUUGUCCCUAGACCAAGAGCCCAGGGCUCCAGGCUGCCAUCAGGAUGGUGGGUGAAAUCCCCUACCUUAUCUCAGAUCUGGAUCAGCGAGGCCAUCGGAGAUCCUUUAUAGAAAGAUAUGACCCCAGCCUAAAGACCAUGAUCCCGGUGAGACCCUAUGCAAGGCUGGCACCCAACCCUGUGGAUGAUGCGGGACUGCUCUCUUUUGCUACAUUUUCCUGGCUUACACCAGUGAUGGUUAGGGGCUACAAGCACACACUCACUGUGGAUACCCUGCCCCCGCUGUCACCAUAUGACUCAUCGGACACCAAUGCCAAAAGAUUUCGAAUCCUUUGGGAUGAAGAGGUAGAAAGUGUGGGUCCUGAGAAAGCCUGUCUGGGCCGAGUGGUCUGGAAAUUCCAGAGGACACGUGUUUUGAUGGAUAUUGUGGCCAACAUCCUGUGCAUUACCAUGGCAGCCAUAGGGCCGACGGUUCUCAUUCAUCAAAUCCUCCAACAGACCGAGAGCAUUUCUAGGAAUGUCUGGGUUGGCAUUGGCCUGUGCAUAGCACUUUUUGCUACUGAGUUUACCAAAGUGCUCUUUUGGGCUCUUGCCUGGGCCAUAAAUUACCGCACAGCAAUCCGGUUGAAGGUGGCUGUCUCCACCCUGGUUUUUGAAAACCUGGUGUCCUUCAAGACGCUGGCACACAUCUCUGUUGGCGAGAUGUUUAUGGCUAAGCUCAAUUCAUCUUUCCGAAGAUCAGCAAUUUCGGUGACAGACAAGCGAGUUCAGACAAUGAAUGAGUUUCUGACCUGCAUCAAGCUGAUUAAAAUGUAUGCCUGGGAGAAAUCUCUUACCAGUACCAUUCAAGAUAUGAGGAAGAGGGAAAGGAAAUUACUGGAAAAAGCUGGAUUUGUCCAAAGUGGAAACUCAGCCCUGGCCCCCAUUGCAUCUACAAUAGCCAUUGUAUUGACUUUCACCUGCCACAUCCUGCUGCGACGCAGGCUCACUGCCCCUGUGGCAUUUAGUGUGAUUGCCAUGUUUAAUGUAAUGAAGUUUUCAAUUGCAAUCUUGCCUUUCUCUGUCAAAGCAAUGGCUGAAGCCAAUGUCUCUCUGAGGAGAAUGAAGAAAAUUCUCAUAGAUAAAAGCCCCCCAUCUUACAUCACCCAACCAGAAGACCCAGAUACUGUCUUGCUUUUAGCAAAUGCCACCUUGACAUGGGAUGAAGAAACCAGCAUAAAAAGUGACCUAAAGAAAGUGCAGAACCAGAAAAAGCAUUUUCUCAAGAAACAGAGCCUAGAGGCAUACCGUUUGAAUUCAUCAUCCCAGGGAGUUGCUGGUCCAGAGGAGCAAAGUGAUAGCUCCAAAUUGGUUCUGCACAAUAUAAACUUUGUGGUGAGAAAGGGGAAGGUCUUGGGAAUAUGCGGCAAUGUUGGAAGUGGAAAGAGUUCCCUCAUUGCGGCUCUCCUAGGACAGAUGCAGUUACAGCAAGGGAUCGUGGCAGUCAAUGGGACUGUGGCCUAUGUUUCCCAGCAAGCAUGGAUCUUUCAUGGAAAUGUGAGAGAAAACAUACUAUUUGGAGAAAAGUAUGAUCACCAAAGGUAUCAGCACACAGUUCGAGUCUGUGCCCUUCAGGAGGACCUGAGCAGCCUUCCUUAUGGAGACCUGACUGAGAUUGGGGAGCGGGGCCUCAACCUCUCUGGGGGGCAGAGGCAGAGGAUCAGUCUGGCCCGUGCUGUCUACUCAAACCACGAAAUCUACCUGCUGGACGACCCCCUGUCAGCCGUGGAUGCCCACGUGGGGAAGCAUGUUUUUGAAGAGUGCAUUAAGAAGAUGCUCAGGGGGAAGACAAUCGUCCUGGUGACCCAUCAGCUGCAGUUCUUGGAGUCUUGUGAUGAAGUCAUUUUGUUAGAAGAUGGAGAGAUUUGUGAAAAGGGAACCCACAAGGAGUUAAUGGAGGAGAGAGGGUGCUAUGCAAAACUGAUUCACAGUCUCCGAGGGUUGCAAUUCAAGGAUCCUGAGCACAUUUACAAUGCAGCAAUGGUGGAAGCCCUUAAGGAGAGCCCCGCUGAGAGAGAUGAAGAUGCUGUUUUGGCUCCAGGAGAUGGGAAAGAUGAAGGAAAAGAACCUGAAAUGGACUCAGAAUUUAUAGACAUAACAGUUCCUCUGCACCAGCUCGUCCAGACUGAAUCCCCUCAGGAAGGAACCGUGACCUGGAAAACGUAUCACAUGUACAUUAAGGCUUCUGGAGGGUACCUCCUCUCUCUGUUCGUGGUGUCCCUCUUCCUCCUGAUGAUCGGCAGCUCUGCCUUCAGCAAUUGGUGGCUGGGUCUCUGGCUAGACAAGGGCUCACAGAUGACCUGUGGGCCCCAGGGCAACAAGAGUGCGUGUGAGAUUGGCGCAGUGCUGGCAGACACAGGGCAGCACGUGUACCAGUGGGUGUACGCAGGGACCAUGGUGUCUGUGCUGACCUUUAGUGUCAUCAAAGGUUUCACCUUCACCAAGACCACACUGAUGGCGUCCUCUUCAUUACAUGACUGCAUGUUUGACAAGAUCCUAAAGAGCCCAAUGAGCUUCUUUGACACAACUCCCACUGGCAGGCUAAUGAACCGUUUUUCCAAGGAUAUGGACGAGCUGGAUGUGAGGCUGCCAUUUCACGCAGAGAACUUUCUGCAGCAAUUUUUUAUGGUGCUGUUUAUUCUUGUGAUAUUGGCUGCUGUGUUUCCUGCUGUCCUUUUAGUCCUGGCCAGCCUUGCUGUUGGCUUCUUCAUUCUUUUACGCAUUUUCCAUAGAGGAGUCCAGGAACUCAAGAAGGUGGAGAACAUCAGCCGGUCUCCUUGGUUCUCCCACAUCACUUCAUCCAUGCAGGGCCUGGGCAUCAUCCACGCCUAUGACAAGAAGGAGGACUGCAUUAGCAAGUUUAAGAUGCUAAAUGAUGAAAACUCUAGCCACCUCCUAUACUUUAACUGUGCUCUCAGGUGGUUUGCUCUAAGAAUGGACGUCCUCAUGAACAUCGUUACCUUCAUUGUGGCCUUGUUGGUGACCCUGAGCUUCUCCUCAAUUAGUGCUUCAUCCAAAGGCUUGUCUUUGUCUUACAUCAUCCAGCUCAGUGGACUGCUCCAAGUAUGUGUGCGCACAGGGACAGAGACCCAGGCCAAAUUCACCUCCGUGGAGUUGCUCAAAGAGUAUAUUUUGACCUGUGUUCCUGAGUGCACUCACCCCCUCAAAGUGGAAACCUGUCCGCAUGACUGGCCCAGCCAUGGGAAAAUAACAUUCAGAGACUAUCAGAUGAGAUACAGAAACAACACUCCCCUUGUUCUUGACGGGCUGAACUUGGUCAUUCAAAGUGGGCAGACAGUUGGGAUUGUUGGAAGAACAGGUUCUGGAAAGUCAUCAUUGGGAAUGGCCUUGUUUCGUCUGGUGGAGCCAGCCGGCGGUACGAUCUUCAUUGAUGAGGUGGAUAUCUGCACGAUUGGUUUGGAAGACCUCAGAACCAAGCUGACUGUGAUCCCUCAGGAUCCUGUCCUGUUUGUAGGUACAGUAAGGUAUAACUUGGAUCCCUUUGAGAACCACUCGGAUGAGAUGAUCUGGCGGGUUCUGGAGAGGACAUUCAUGAGAGACACAAUAAUGAAACUCCCGGAAAAAUUACAUGCAGAAGUCACAGAAAAUGGAGAAAACUUCUCAGUGGGGGAACGUCAGUUGCUUUGUAUGGCCCGAGCACUUCUCCGUAAUUCAAAAAUCAUUCUCCUUGAUGAAGCCACCGCCUCCAUGGACUCCAAGACCGACACCCUUGUUCAGAGCACCAUCAAAGAUGCCUUCAAAGGCCGCACAGUAUUGACCAUUGCCCACCGCCUCAACACGGUUCUCAACUGCGACCUCGUUCUGGUCAUGGAAAAUGGGAAGGUGGUCGAGUUUGACAAGCCUGAAGUCCUUGCUGAGAAGCCAGAUUCUGCGUUUGCAAUGUUACUAGCCGCAGAAAACAAAGUUCGACUGUAGAGGUCCCUGAUGGGGCCACAUCAGCUGAUUUUAGAGGAGGAGGAGGACGCGUCAGAUGAGUUGGAGGAGCCUGCAGGAGAAGGGCCUGCCAUUUCCACAGGCAGCCCUGGCCCAUUGUCCCUUCCAUCUCUGACACAUGAGCUGGGGCAGAGGUUGCUGUCCUGCCUUACCCAGCCCAUGCCUCCCGACCUCACCUGGCAGGCUUGGGGUUGGUUCUGGGUGGUGAACUGAGUCAGAAGAAACUAAUGGAUUAAAAAACUGCCCCUCACCUCCUAAAACCCCAAGGUCCCCAUCAAUGUGUCUCCAUCAAUACCACCUUGGUGCUUGAGACUGGAAACAUUGUAACUUUCAGUUAAACCUGAUCAAAUGGAAUGGGAGGAUGCCUAAGGAUGGAAUUUGUAGAAGUUUCCUGCCUUGUUACCAGAGGGGAAAAGAGCAGAGUUUCCUUCCUGUUGAAGUCCUAUUCACAUCUAUUUUGAGUGUGUGACAAGCAGUAACUACACAGAUCUGUAGCAUGAAAGAUUGAUUACAGUGUUUGGUGAAAAAUUAAAAAAAAUCAUAUUAUAUGUUCCAUUUAAUCUAUUAGAAUAACGAGGAAAACAAAAGGUUGGAGUUUCUCUAUAAAUGACAUUUUUAUAUCUUCUAUAUUGGUCACUAAAAUGCAGUAGGAAAUUAAACUACCCUGAAAUGUUGCCUUGCAAUUAUUUUACUGAAGAUCUUCCACUUUCUGUACUACUUCCCUCCACAGACCUUCAUUGCUUUCUGGGUAGACUCAGUAAUAGACCCCCACAGC